AUUUUAAUAUUCUUCAAUUUCGAUCGAAGGAGAACGCAGUUCGCUUCGCAGCUUUUAGUUUUGCAGUUUCUUACCUAUUAGUGGUUCAUGAUUUAUUUUCAUCAGUGGUGGCGAUCAACAGGCGUUUGCGGAUAUUAUCAUAAGAAAACCGAAGCUCAAGUGUUUGCAAGAUGGAGGAAGAUAUGGUAGAUCAUAGUACAGUUCGCAUUGUUAUUAAAGACGAAGAUUCAGUCCUUGAAAGGUCAGCCAUUGCAAAUAUACAAGAUCCGGGCUGGUCUGAAAAAAUGAUGCGCUGCAUAUAUAACUUAACUUCGUACUUCCGGAAGCCGGAUCUAAAAUGUGAAGACGAGGAAAUUUGGGAGGUUCCUUAUGAAUCAAUUACUGAUCAUGUAUACAUUGGGUCUGGAGCUCAAGGAGUGGUAUACAGGGGCAUAUUGCGAGGAGAGAUAGUGGCCGUCAAAAAACUUACAAGAAAGUCGGAGACAGAUAUAAAGCAUUUAAGAAAAUUAAACCAUGAGAAUAUUGUCCGAUUCCGUGGCGUGUGCAGCGAGCCACCAUAUUGCAUUAUAAUGGAGUAUUGCCAGUAUGGUCGUCUAUUUGAGUUUUUGCAUAGUGGUGUUAGCUUCACUCCAAGCCAGAUUCUCAAGUGGGGCAAGGAAAUUGCUCAUGGGAUGAGCUAUCUUCACAGCCACAAGAUUAUACACCGUGACUUAAAAAGUCCCAACCUUCUGAUUGCAGAUAAUUUAGUGGUGAAAGUCAGUGAUUUUGGCACAAGCCGAGAAUGGAAUGAUGUUAGUGAGAUAAUGAGUUUCACUGGUACUGUGGCUUGGAUGGCACCGGAAGUGAUACGCCAUGAGCCAUGUUCUGAGCGGGUUGAUGUGUGGUCAUAUGGUGUGGUGUUGUGGGAGUUGCUAACUCAGGAGAUUCCUUACAAGAGUCUUGAGACUCAUGCCGUGAUGUGGGGAGUCGGCACGGAUACUAUUUCACUCCACAUUCCAUCCACUUGCCCGGAUAGUCUCCAAUUGUUGCUGAACCAGUGUUGGAAUCGCGUACCGCGUAACAGGCCACCCUUCAAGAUCAUUUUAGCGCAUUUGGAUGUCGCUGGGGAUGAACUGAAUGCAAUGUGUUUGGAUCGCUUCAGCGAAAUCCAAAAUGGUUGGCGGCAGGAAGUGCAUUACAGCAUGGAGAAAAUGUAUUCUAGACCUGAGCAGUCACAGGCACAGGAUACGAUCCAACGUCGCGAAGAAGAGAAGCGAGCUCGUCGAAUGUACGAGAAACAAUUGACGCGCGCUAAUGAGCUUUACAUGGAGGUUUGCUCCGUGCGCCUCCAGCUGGAACAACGGGAGAAGGAUGUCGCUGAGCGCGAGAAAGCUUUGAAGAACUGCCAUUGCAAGACACGCAAGUUUAAGCAGUACAAUCGCCAGACAUCUACGUCAUCUGAUGGAGUGAAGGUCCCAUCACCUUGCAAUCAGCCUAACAAUGAGAAUCUGCGCCGUCGUAAGAAGAAGCAGCCGGAGCAGAACCCUCACGCCCAGGUGCUGGUGAGCCUCGUCAACUCGGAGACUGUCACCACUGCUAUCAUCGAUGACGACAUCAACUGCGAGUGUGAUAAUGUCAUCGACAACAACAACAUGGAAACAAUACUGCCAAUGAAGGACUCCUUCAUUGAAGCCAACGGCAAUGAAAUCAAAGAUAUCUCCUGCAACAUUCAUUUCAAUAAACUCUCCUUACUGUAAAUAUUCACUUUCGAAGUCUUAAUAUUCCAAUCAGGUCUAUGUGGCAUAGCAUUUCUCAAUUUUGCAUGUCAUGAUAAUUAACUAUGUAAAACAGUAUUAGUGUAGAUGCAUUUUCAAAGUAAAUUACUCUCAAUGGCAUUUAAUGUGUUGGUAUCCCGUUUUGAUUGUUUUUUUUUUAAAGAAUUUUUGUGGAUUUAUACUUUCUUUAAGCAAGUGGUUACGCUGGCCUAAAACUAUAUCUGAUUAAUUCAGUAUUAUUUGUUGUUAUAUUCUUUUACUUUUAUAGGUUUAUAUAAUUUAUUUUUGUUGGUAAUAUUCAGGUUGUUGAUGAGAAGAAUGUAUGAUGGAUAAAAGAAAUUUAAUUCAAAAAUGAGUGACAUUUUCAUGACACUUUUGUAGUUUUUGGGAUCAAUUUUAUAUUGCUAUUAAAAAAAAUAAAGGCAUUACUGCCAUGGUUAUUUGAUUCAUUUUUUGUGUUAACUGGAUCUUUUCUAAUUAUUGUAAAAAAAAAUAUUUUUUUACUGGUGGAUUUGGGAGCAAAAAUUGUUACACGAGGGAUUAAUAGAUUUUUUUUUUAGUAAACUGGAGGACAUGGUAUUAGAGUACUUUGUUGUGACAAUUUUUGUUUUGAGUAUUGGAUGUGUGGAUUUGUAAGGUUUAAGUAUUAUUUCCAGUUUACAGACAACCGUAAAAUAUCUUUAGUGUUAAUUUUUUACACAGUGUUUUAUACAUUUUUUACUUUUAUUAAAUUAAAUUAUGUCAUUCCUAACUAUUCUGUCUGAAAUGCAAAUUGAUUAUAAAAUAGUUCAUAUAACGAUAAUAUGUAGGUGUGUUUUAAAUGUUAGUAAUAUAUGAAAAUAUUAAUUCUUGAUGUUUAUUGAUAAGAAAAAAAAGCAUUUUCCUGACUUAAAAUCUGACUAUUGUUAUCUUUCCAAAGAUAUGCUUAAAACUGUAUUCUGUAGCUUCUAUGAUGUACCGGCAGCAUAGUUAGUAGCGGCAAUGAUGAUACGACUUAUCUUUAUUUAUAACUUUGUUGGUUCUUUCCCGUUGGACCGAUGGACCAUUGGCCUUUGUUCCGUAGGCCGAUCGACUCAACGGGAAACACCUUUAGACUAAAAAUAAUAGACUGUAUCUAGUCUGAACUUUUGAUGAAUCUUUACUGUUUAUGAUAUUCUUCGUAGCAAUUAAAUGUAUUUAAAUGGAAUAUUUUUGAUCUUAAUGUUAAAUUAGACGAAAGAAAUAGUAUAAGCACAGCAUUGAUGAUAUUCUAUAAAGUAUAACAUUUAGUGUAGUUUUAGUUUAGUAGAAAUAAUAUGACAUGAAUUUUAGACUUACAUUACUCUCAUAGAAUAGACCCUUAGGUAAGUUUUAGCAAUUGCAGUGAUUUAAUGAUUUUGCUGUAGGAAAAAUAACUCUAUGGCUUUAGAGGCUUUUUAUUGAUUGUAUCAAAAUAAUGUACAUUCCAAAACCUUUACAAUUUCCAAGCGCAGUGUUUUAUUUAAGUGUCUAUGCUCAAUUUUCUCUCGUCACUUGAAUAUAAUAUCUAGUCUACCUAUAUUUUGUCUAGUCAUAAAUUAGUCUAAUUUAAAUAUUUUCUGUAGUUCUAGGAAAUGUAGAUUCAAUUUAUGAAAUAAAGAACUCAUUCGUGAA